AUGGACCGCGCUCGUCGGACGGCAGCAACCACACGUCGCAAAACCCUGGGCGACUCUACCUCUCCUCAGUCUACUCCUCCCGAGAGUAUAUCUGACCAUCCCUCUGCGAGCCCUGUAAUGGCCCACGCCUCGGCGGCAAACAGCCCCCAGCCCGCGACUCAGAGCAGGCGCGGAAGCAAAAGUCUUCACCACACUUUCACUUUCUCAACCCCAGCCUCGGGCAAUCGCGGCCAGGGUGUCAAGCGCCGGUCCAGAACCAUGGACAGCUACGGCAUCCAUGAUGAUGAGUUUGACGACGACAGUCCCAGGAAAGGUGGCCACACACUUCGCAAGCGGGCUCGUGUGGAUUACACAUUUGAGCACGUAGACGACGAGGUCGUCGUCCCCAGCUCCACGUCUUCAGCUCGCGCCAAGAAGCGAAAAUCAGAUCACAGCUACGACUCGGAAGAGUUUUAUGCCUCCGGCGCCAAGAGACGCGGCGCCUCACUCGGCGCUGAUGCUUCCGGCAAUGUGCGAAGAAAUCCUGCUCGCAGUUCAGCCCUCGGAAGGGCCGAUCAUGGCGAUGAUGAAGACGUAAAGGAUACCAUUGAAGUUGGUGUCUCUUUUUCCGACAUGGAUGAGUCAGAGGUCCGCCGUGACAGUCAUUCGAGUACCUCGUCCGCUGCUCAGUCUCUGGACGGCUCGUGGAAGUCUGCGCCCACGGUAUCUAAUUUUGGCGUCCUAUACCCCAAUGACAAGAGUACAAACAACGACGAGCGUCCAAAUGCUGAGACUCGAGACAUGGACAUUGAUCCCAACCUUCGAGCAAGCCCCCCUCCCUCAUCAUCUAAGCAACCUACUGCCACGGUUGAGCCCAUUGAGGCUCAAUCAGAAAGCACGGAUACCCCAAAGGUCAAUGAGCCUGCCAACGUCUCUUCUAACAAAGCCGAAGAAAAGCCUGAGCUUUCUGACACUAAAAUUGCUGAAAUACCCAACGCACAAACACUUCCAGUCGCCACACAGGAUCUGCCCGCCAUCGCCCAGGCGGAGACAGUGGCCGAAUCGGAACCAUUGGUAGAGGAGCAAACUGAAGACAAUGUGGCGCCUACUUCUGAUGUUGUUGUUUCCGAUGAGAUGAAAGACCGUACGUCGGAAAACAACGACCUUGUCUCCUCUGAGCUUCCCAAAGAAAGCGAGGUCGAACAGUUUGUGAAAGAGCCAGUGGUAACUGAACCAUCACCACUGAAAUCACAGCCUACUACUGCAGAGCCCAUAGAUAUCUCUCCAGCCAAACAGUCUCCAUCAGUAGGCGCUGUUGAUAACGUCGCCUCAGAAGAAGCAACCACCCUGGAUGCAAAUGAAGAUUCAAACACCAAGGGCAGCCCGCCUGCGGAAACGCCCUUGGUAGUGCCAUCUAUAUCAGUGGAGGAGGUUAUGGAUCCCAAAAUGGAAGAUCUCAAAGAUCAAGAAGCUCCGCACCAGGAGCGCAAGUCAUCACCAGAAUCGAUUGUGACUGAAGUUAAGGACAAAGUUGUUGAAGACUCGGAUACUCUAAGUCCCGAGAAGAAGGAAAUCUUCAAACCCAAAAGAACAUCACAACUGGGACCAAGUAAGCCUCAGCCGGCUCCCGUCGGUCGCUGGGCUUACUUGACACCGUACAUGGAUGGUGAAUAUGUCUCAUAUCCCGAAAAGAAGGCUCGUUCCGACGAUGAAGCCGGCGGAGAUGAGACCACCCCAGACGACAAGGAUGGUGAUAAAGAUGGCAAUGAUAUGGAGCCCAUGAUAGAGGACAAUGACGACGCUCCAGACCCCUCAGGCAUCGAAGCACCAACACCUGCCCUUAACACGCCAACACGAGGCUCUCCAGUUCCAGAUUCAAUGGAUCCUACGGCUACCAACUCUCCCGCCCCGGCUGGCGAUGACGCAGAUGAUGGUGACGAGUCUGAUUCGCAAGAGGUUCCUGAGCGAAAACGAUACUACAAAUAUCGCAAAACUCGGGACCCUGAAGAGUACAUAUCAGCCAUCGAAAAUUACGAAGAUAUGACCACUGCCGAGUUAUACGAGAUUCUCGAGGCCAUCAAUAUAUCACUUGUACAGUGGCAAACCGAAUGGCUCGAUCUCGGAAGGCUGGUGGACGACCACGAAAAUUCACAGCGCCGACGUCUAGCGGAUGCCAAAUACGAAUCUAGGACGAGAAACCCGACUCAGCAUGGUGUCAAUCACGAAGAGCCAGACUUCGCUGUCAAGGGCUACAAGGCAAAGGAACGGGAACUCAUGAGCGAGACUCGCUAUCUUCAGGGACAGGACCGCAUCAUGGCUGCUACUUAUGGUUUUGAAUAUGAUCCUCACCCGUCCAAGAUUGGUCGUCAGAAUCCAGAGACCCAACAAGUUGGCAUCAUGACCAGAGGGCGAUCACUGCGUAACCAGCCAAGGCAAACAGUCAAGGCAUCAGAAGCUGACGAGGUCACCGGCAAGAGACAACGCAAGCCCGUUCAGCUUUUCGACCCUGCUACUCAGGAUGUCAGCCGAAGCUCGACGCCAGUUCCCACACGAGGCAGGAGACGCCGGAAUGCGGGUAACGCAGACGAGGGAGCCCAGGUUGCCUUCACAUCAAGCUUCAAUGGGGACGGGAACUCGGAGGCAGAGAACGAAGCUCCCAAGACUAGGAGACGACGUGGUCCUCGUGCCAGCAAUGUGGGCCCCGGCACUGCUGAGGAAUUUUUUACACCACGCAGCUCAGACAACCUUGCGCAGGAAGAAACUGGCAGGUCAGGUCGCCGCCGAGGCAGACAACCUGUUAGAUAUGACGAGACGUAUUCCGAGUUCAUGGACGAAGACUCUCAGCCUGAGCCGAAACAACGGAAGCGGCAUAUGCUGACGCUGAAAAUACCCAGAUCCAAGAACUUCAGCGAGCCUUCUUCGGCCAUUACCGACAAUGGCGAUUCAAGGCCGUCAACUGCAUCAUCAGAGUCGUCAUCUCAUACAGCCGAGUCGUCGUAUUCCUUCCGGCCCAAGCGUCAGAAGCGGUUCCGUGACGACCCUGAUGAAACAGACGAAGCAGCCCAGGCACCACCUCGCAAGCGAGGCAAGCGAAGUGUGCCCCAGCCCUUUGGUGGUAUUGAGUCGUCAUUUGCUCUCGAUCAGCCAGUUCAAGAUGCCCAACCCGGCGCCGGAGUCCGCAAGGUUGCAAAGAUCAAGGUUGUGCGACCUGCUGGCGACGCCCGCAACGGCACCCCAUCCUCACAACCGGGCGAUGAUAAGCCAAAGGACUACAAGAACAUGACCAAGUCUGAAAAGAUGUCGGCAUCCAUGAAGAGUCGCUGGGCAAAUGGAAACAUGGCUGGCGCUGUGGAAAAGCGAAAGGCGACUCUUGCGGCGAAGAAAGCAGCUCAAGCCGCCGCUGAGCAGAAGCUCGGUGUCAUUGCACCCAAACCAAAGGUCAAGCCAAGCAAGAAGGAACCUCCUCCUCCAGGACAGUCACAGGGAGGCUAUGUGCCAGCUAUGCCAGGAAUCAACUACCCGUUCCCCUCGAACCAGUGA